UGUGUGUGUGUGCGUGUGUGGGGGUGUCUGAAUGGAAUUGGAUAAAGGGGAGGGGGGUCUUCAGAGAGGGGCAACUAAGAGGGGAAAUCUCACUGAGGGCUGCACCAAAGUUUUGAGUUUCUCAGAUCUCCGCCCCUCUAUGAAUGUUAUAUAGUUAAAGCUGGAACAGGAGAAGGCCUCUCUUCUUGGAGUUGUCAUUGCACAACAUUAUGAAAGGGCACACAGAUGACACGGAAAACAUGUCCAAGGUGGAGCCCUCCAAUGGGCACAGCAGGCCGCUGGACAUUGUGCCCAGCACAGAGGAGAAGAUGACAGACAGGGGUCAGUGGGGCAACAAGCUCGAGUUUGUUCUGUCAGUGGCUGGAGAAAUUAUUGGCCUGGGGAAUGUCUGGCGUUUCCCCUAUCUUUGUUAUAAGAACGGAGGAGGGGCCUUCUUCAUCCCAUACCUCAUCUUCCUGUUUGCUUGUGGAAUCCCGGUCUUCUUCCUGGAGACGUCUCUGGGUCAGUUCACCAGUGAGGGUGGCGUCACCUGCUGGAGGAAAAUCUGCCCGUUGUUCGAAGGUGUGGGUUACGCCACCCAGGUGAUCGUUGCCCUGCUGAACAUCUACUACAUCAUUGUGUUAGCCUGGGCCAUCUUCUUCCUGUCCAACUCCUUCACCUGGGAUCUGCCUUGGGCUUCCUGCAACAACACCUGGAACACAGAUUCCUGUAUGGCAUUUCAGAGGGGGAAUAGCUCCAUCAAUCACCAUGAGAACGCCACCUCUCCUGUCAUUGAGUUCUGGGAGCGAAGAGUGCUGAGAAUUUCCUCAGGUAUUCAUCACAUUGGCUCUCUGAACUGGGACUUGGUGAUCUGUCUGGCCAUUGCCUGGGUCAUCUGCUACUUCUGCAUCUGGAAAGGAGUCAAGUCUACCGGCAAGGUUGUUUACUUCACAGCCACCUUCCCUUAUGCCAUGCUAAUCAUCCUGCUGAUCAGAGGUGUCACCUUGCCUGGAGCCUCCAGGGGAAUCCACUUCUACCUCUACCCCGACCUGGGACGUCUGUCCGACCCACAGGUAUGGAUGGAUGCUGGGACUCAGAUCUUCUUCUCUUAUGCCAUCUGCCUGGGUUGCCUCACCGCGCUGGGAAGUUACAACAAAUACAACAACAACUGCUACAAGGAUUGCCUCUCCCUCUGUUUCCUGAACAGUGGCACCAGUUUCAUUGCAGGCUUUGCCAUCUUCUCCAUCCUGGGCUUCAUGUCCUACGAGCAGAACGUGCCUAUCUCAGAAGUGGCUGAAUCUGGUCCAGGUUUGGCCUUCAUAGCCUAUCCUCGCGCUGUGUCCAUGAUGCCUUUCUCCCCUCUGUGGGCCUGCUGCUUCUUCAUCAUGAUCGUCUUUCUGGGACUGGACAGUCAGUUUGUAUGUGUGGAGAGCCUGGUGACAGCCAUGGUGGACAUGUAUCCCUCCACAUUCAGGCGUAAAAACCGCAGGGAGCUCUUCAUCCUGGCAGUGGCCGUGGUGUCCUUCCUCAUGGGGCUCAUCAUGCUGACGGAGGGAGGCAUGUACAUCUUCCAGCUCUUUGACUACUAUGCAGCCAGUGGGAUGUGUCUGCUCUUCGUGGCUAUUUUUGAGACUGUUUGUAUUGCCUGGAUUUAUGGUGCGGACCGUUUCUAUGACAACAUUGAAGACAUGAUUGGCUACCGCCCCGGCCCUGUCAUCAAAUACUGCUGGCUUUUCUUCACCCCUGCAACAUGCUUUGGAACUUUUGCUUUCGCCUUGAUCAAGUACUCACCUCUGAAGUACAACAAUGAAUAUGUUUACCCAUGGUGGGGCAAUUGCAUAGGCUGGGUCCUGGCCCUGUCCUCCAUGCUGUGUAUCCCUGUCUGGAUCGCAGUGAAGCUGUACUACACCCCUGGAACACUGAGAGAGCGCCUUGCUAUCUUAACCACUCCUUCCAGUGAGUUGCCGAAGACAAAGCAAGAGCAGGAGAAGCUGCUGGCCAUCUUCGCAGCGGACGGCGACAGCCUCCAUCAGAAAGCACCUCCCACCAAGGACGGCUACUUCCCCGUUGAUGAAAAGGAGUCUCAUUGCUAGAGACUUGAGGGUCGGAAUCAGAGCCCUGUAGAGGUCAAAGGUCACUCUCGAGCUUUGACACGCCGUCUGGCCCCAUCCCAACUCUCUCUGCAAUACCUCACCAGGCAAGGUAGUGAAACAGGUGCAGUGCAGACUUGAAGUGUCACCUGACCUGCCACUGCAGAUCUGCUACUGGAGCAUUCUCCUUCGUACAUCUCCUUCGCCAUACUGUAUGAUGGCAUCAGCACAUCCUCUUUUUGGAGAAGUGGUUCCCAUCUCAUUUGCCAGUAGCAGAGUCACAUGUACGCAUGAAAAAAAUGUGGCCAUUGUCAUUAAGCAGUGGCUAAGAAUUUAAAAUUGAUUGUGUCUGCUUUCUAAGGAAGCAUUUUUAUUUUGUGCCUUGGACAUCUCUAAAGAUUGAUAAGUCUGACAGGACAUUCAAGUUCUUGAUUCUAACAUCUGCUGUGACGGAAGCAGGAGAGGUGUCUCAUGAGUGCGCAGAUCCUAAAAGUUCACUUGAAUGUGUUUUUUGAAGUACUUCUGUAAUGCAUUCAGAGUAAAGGUGUAUUUUGUAUUCCAUCCUUAAAUCCAAUCAUGCUGACAGCUCUGAUUUUACUGUAUGGUAGAGAGUUACUAUCUCAGGAUGUAUGUUUUUGUAAUUGAAAAAAAAAAAAUCUUACAAAAGCAUAGUAAUAACCAAUGCUUUAGAUGUAAGAUUUGGAUUUUAAAUUUAUGUUUAGUUGAACUGACCACAACUCAUUUAAGCUCUGUUAUUGUUUUUUUUGUUUAUUCAGUUAUAUGUUAAUUUUCUUUUUAUUCAAUUUGUUUUUUUAUUUCUAUUGCUGUAUUGAGCAAUUGCAUAAACAUGUUACAUGAUCUUCUGAGUAUUGACAUGAUUUUAAUGUAGUUGAUUUGCCUUAUCGCUAAUGCAUCGAGUCGUAUGAAAUUAAAAACGUAAAGUGCCUGAAGGAGACAGUUGUGCCACAUAGAUAAUAUUAACAUGGCAGGCUGGUCGAAGGGUUUCAUUCCAAGACUCUUUCUCCGCUGUAUAAUGAUGAGUUUCUGUAGAUGUUGGAAUGAAUAUAUGAUCAUUGAUUACUGAUAGGGAACACUUUUAAAUAUGUAACUUUUUUAUGCUAAAAAAAUAUUUUUUAUGACUGAAUAAAAAAAUACCU